GGGUCGGUUACUUGAGGAAUUGUGCAGGUUCUUUCAUCAGACGUAGCUUAAAGGUCAAGGUAAAACUGUCCACUCCCCAAGAUGUCUGGACCACCCGAGUCUCUCGACCUAAGGACGGGCAUGAGGAGAAAGGAGACCCUCGACCCCGUGUCGUGUGAUUUUGUCAUCGUGGUUGACGGCAAAGAGUUCAAAAGCUGGCGCAAACUGCUGAGCGCAGCCUCCAAGUACUUUGACGCCAUGUUCAGGAGCAACAUGAAGGAGGCGCAGGAAGGUCGCGUGGAGUUGACGGGCAUGCGUAGUAAGACCUUUGCUACAGUUCUAGGGUUCAUCCACAAGCGAGUGCCUGGCCUGACGGCGGAGAACAUUGACGAUGUUUGGGAGGCGGCCAAUCGGCUGGACACAGAGACCUACCUGCAAGUGUGUGAGCAGUACGUAAUCGACAAUUUGUCUCUUGACAAUUUUUCAAACUUCUAUCAAGCGGCCACUGACUUUAAUUCAAAAAACGUGAAAGACGCCAUGAUAAGUUUCAUGAAGCUAAACUUCGAACAAGUUUAUGCGACGGAGGAGUUUCUGAACUUGCCAUUUCCUGUGGUCCUAUCCUUUGUAGAGGAUGACGAGCUGAAUGUUGCGAGUGAGGAAGUUGUUCUAGACGGGAUCUUGAGCUGGGUGUCACGUGGGAGAUAUCGACCCGGCACCGCUCUGUCACCUGACGACAAGCACACGGGGGGAGAGGCUGGGGCCCGGGACCCUGACGACCAGUCGGAUGACGACUCAGACGAUUGGCUGUAUGAUAACGUCAAAGACUAUUUGCAGUCUGAUGACUCGCCAGACGACACAAGUAACAACUCGGGCCUCGACCACCCAGCAGACGACAGAGCAGACUACCUCGCCCAAUUGUUUACAAGCGCUAAAAUUGUUUUAGCGAGCCAGAGUUAUCUACAAAGUUUGCUCACUAACCCCUACGUGUGCGCAUGUCCGUCUGCUCUUGAAGUAGUGCAGGAAGCUCUCAAGUUCAAGGUCGGCGUGUACCCUCACGAAAGUUCCCUUCUGAUACCCUACAGGAAGUCUUGUGGGAAAAAGAAUGUGGUCGCCUACGUGGUCAAAUCGAACCUUCGGCUCUACGACCUGGAGAGUCGAAGUCUGACCACCGUUAAGCUCAAGCAGCUCAACGGAAAGUGUAAAACUAGCGACCCUGUCGUCUCCCUCGGGUCCAAACUCGCCUUUGUGUGUGCCAAGUUCAAAAGCGAAUGUUCCUACGCCAAACACAAGUGCCGGCCCAAAGCUAUCCAAAUCAUUGACGAGAACCAAAACAUCUCUACCCUGUACGAGGUGUGCGGUAACCAAGCCAUGCCCAUCACGCUGGUGUCUGCCCACGGCAAGGUUCUCAACGUCUGCCACUCCGCCAACAGGAGUCGAGUUCUGGACCCAGACUUGUUCCAGACUCUCAAAAUGGACCUAAAUAUCCAUUUUAAGUUCUCCUGCGUGUUUGACGACACCAUCCUACUCUUCAACAAUGCUGAUACAUAUGACGAACGGCAUCGAACGUACAAUAUGACCGUCAACUGCUACAGCUUGAAGUCUAAAUCCAUGUCAACCGUUGAAAUACCCAACCAGGUCUCUAAUCAAAACAUUGUGUCCGUGCAAAAAGGCAACCACCUGUAUCUGCUACUGUCUAGCGGCGCUUUACUGUCAGUCUUCCGGGGUAGAGACAACACGAUCCACUUCACAGUUGUCAACCGUCUGUGGCGACAGUUCGACUGGAAGCUGUCGGGGGCGGUUUGCUACAAAGAAGAGUUGAUUUUGUUCCAAAUAGAUGCCGGGACAGACUACUCGACGAUGCUGACGUCAUUGCCCGGGUUGUUUGAGAAGAUCAGCGUGAAAACAUUAGUGGAAGACAUGGACGUAUUUGACCUCAGUCUUGCUCCUAUGGUAGUGCCGGACUCUUGGGUCAGUAGUGUCAAAGUGCCUGAGUAA